AUGGGUAUCAAGGGGAUUCAUCAAGAGAUUGGUGGAGGCGAACGAAUCGCCCUUCUUAAACUUGCCGCACAGUCUCUAGAGCAGCAGGGCCGGCCUCUGCGAAUUGCUAUUGACGUUGCGAUUUGGCAAUUCCAGAACCAAGCAGCUCAAGGUGGCACCAAUCCUGAAAUCCGAACCUUGUUCUACCGUCUAGUUCGACUCCUAGCAUGCCCAGUCGAACCCAUCUUCGUAUUCGACGGCCCUUACAAACCCGCGAUCAAGCGAAACAAGCAAUCCAGCCGUGGAAGUUCCUUCGCAAAUGCGCAAGCAAAACGUUUAAUUCGAUUAUUUGGCUGCAACACCCACGAUGCGCCAGGAGAAGCAGAAGCAGAGUGUGCUCUGCUACAACAGCAUGGAAUUGUCGAUAUGGUUCUGACGGAGGAUGUUGAUGCGCUGAUGUUUGGAUGCACAAAGGUUUUGCGAAAAUGGUCACCAGAAUCGAAACGAUCAACGAACCCAACACACGUGUCGCUUCUCGAUGCGAAAAAGCUGGAGCUUGGAGCGCAAGGCCUUGAUCGAGAAGGCAUGGUUCUCGUCGCCUUGAUGAGCGGUGGCGACUAUAAUCCUGAUGGACUCCCCGGGUGUGGAAUCAAGGUCGCUCUCGAGGCUGCCAGGGCUGGUUUCGGUAAAGAGCUGUGUCGGCUAAAGUCAGCAGACAAAGAAGCGAUCCAGGCUUGGAGAGAGUCUUUGAUACACGAGCUGCGCACCAACGAAAAGGGUUACUUCAAACGACGAAACCAGGCGCUGAGGAUCCCAGAGACAUUUCCCGACUUCAAGGUCCUGCGCUACUACACACACCCGGUUGUUUCGCGUGUUGAGAGUCUGGGCGAUAUUCGUGCAAACGUUCACAUGAAACGUGAAAUUCAGAUCGAAGACUUGCGAGAGUUCACACGCGAGGUUUUUGGUUGGGAUUAUCGAGUGGGUGCUUUGAAGUUCAUCAAGGUUUUGUCCCAUGCAGUUUUUGUCCAGAAGCUUCAAACUGUAGGAGGAUACGACCAUGAUGGGCUCAUAAAGGGGGUGACGGGUGUCAAAAAUGAUUUGGUGAAUGACUCAAUUCCCAUGGCCCGUUUACAGCAUAUCCCGAUCGAUAUGGUUCCCAUCGACAUGUCCAAGGAGGAAGACGAGCAAAUUGUACAAGGCCGAGCCGGGCUUGCCCUGAACAGCGAUGAUGAGAUCGAAGUUGCGGACAAUAUCGAGCAGUGUGCCUCCAAGGCCGUGGAAAAGGAGUUUGAUCCGACCCGUCCUCUGGGUAUUUGGAUAAUACAAGCUUUGGCAAAGACCAGCGAGCCAUUUGCCGUUCAGGAGGCUGCUAUAGCCUCCAAAAUCCGAGCGUCAGAGCUUCGCAAGGCGAAUCAAAAGGCGCCAAAGAAAUCCAAUGCUCUGUCGAAGACGGGCAUGACUGCUGGUGCACUUAACAAGUUUGUGCGAGCGACAAAGCCCCAUGCUGCUUCCACGAUAACCUCCAAACCGACUGCUGUAGAGAAAAGCAUAGCCACUUCAUCAGCCCCUAAAACAACAUCACGACGCUUACGCAUACCGUCCCCUCUGGAGUCAAGUAAGCAACCUAUGUCCACCUCGGAGAGCCCCGCCAGGCAGACUGCCACCCCUUGGUCACUUGCCAGCUCACAGGUGACGCCUAGAACUCGAAGCUCCGCGGACGGAAAACAGCAGGCGAUUGUUAUCACAUCUAGCCCGCCCUGUGCGGCAGAGUCACCUCCCCCGUCGCCCUCACCACCAGCAAGGACUCGUACCUCCGCUUCUCAGCAUCAGUCUGACACGAUGCGUACAACUACUGUGUCGAAUGGUUCUCCCCAGAGGCUGAAAAGCUCGAAGCGGGACAUUAUACGUUCGAGCCAAGCAGAUUCUUCUCAGCGCUCCCAGCCAACCAAGUUGAAGCAGACUUCUUUGGACAUGUUCACCAGAACGUCCAAAAUCUCAAGCUCAUCGCAACAAUCUCUGACGAAACCCCCGCCCCCGCCUCCGAGACGGCAACCCAAGUCACAGCAGAUCAUUGACGAUGAUUUUGAUAGUGACUCAUCAUCAGAUCUCGUUCCGCUCUCAUCUCUCGUCUCCCGCGCUUCUGCGUCGCCCAAGAGGCAGCAAGAACCCCUUCCUCCAAGCCAGAACUCAGCCCCCAGCCCCGCCCCUGCACGGAAGAAGAAGUUACUCAUCCCAAGGGCUAGUGCUGUGGGUUUCUUCAAAGAGAUCGAGGUAGACGCCGAAGAGCGCGAUGAGUUGGUGGCUACGGAGACAGCAACUCUGCGGCGCAAAGGGGUCAGGGCGAAUGUUGUCCGGGUGAGUGACGUUGGAUUUAUAGAUUUGACACAGGAUGAUUAA